AGCUGGUGGUGUUGUAGUUUGCAUAGUCUAUGUUUUGGCGGUCAGUCUGCCACUAUUUUACCCUGUGGUCUGAAUAAAUGUUCCUUCUCAAGCGAGAGUCAGAACUGCUCAAACUUGAACUCGUCUGACUUUAUUUAACUACAAACAGAGGAGGAUGUUUGCUCUGGGGUUUCACUGUUUAGAAGACUGAGGGUCAGUUUUCAGAGGAGGGUGUUUGCUGUGGGGUCUUUAUGUAGGAGACUGUUGUAGCCUGGACUGGACUGAGUAGUCGGUAACCACACCCACAGCUUUUAAAUACGAGCUAGAUGGAGGGGACUGGUAGGAGACUGUUGGUGCCUGGACUGGACUGAGUAGUCAGUAACCACACCCACAGCUUUUAAAUACGAGCUAGAUGGAGGGGACUGGUAGGAGACUGUUGGUGCCUGGACUGGACUGAGUAGUCAGUAACCACACCCACAGCUUUUAAAUACGAGCUAGAUGGAGGGGACUGGUAGGAGACUGUUGUAGCCUGGACUGGACUGAGUAGUCAGUAACCACACCCACAGCUUUUAAAUAUGAGCUAGAGGGAGGGGACUGGUAGGAGACUGUUGGAGCCUGGACUAAGUAGUCAGUAACCACACCCACAGAUUUUAAAUAUGAGCUUGUGAAAUAACCCUCUCACACACACACCUGCAACACCAGGGUGGGUCUGGAACAGAGGAAUAGGGAUUAACUUAACAUUGGUCUGUCAUAUCACAUCUUUCCUGUCUGUUGGAAGGUUAGAAGAUGGCUGUGAAUAAGCAUAUCAAGAAGUCGCUCUUUCUCUUCAAUCUACUGUUCUGGAUCGGUGGCUGCGUCAUUCUUGGUGUCUCCAUCUACUUCAAAGUGAGCAAGAAUGGAAACGUGAUAAUGGAUGAGGCAUUUGUAGACCUGCUGAUAGCUGUUGGCAUCAUCAUCAUCAUGGUACUGGGCUUCCUGGGCUGCUGUGGAGCCAUUAAGGAAAACCGAUGCAUGCUCAUUCUGUUCUUCAUCGGGCUGCUCCACAUCUUCAUCCUCCUGUUCAUCGCCGGAAUCCUGGGAGCUGUCGGAGAGAAGAACGAGGAAAGGCUAACUCCUGACCCCAGCGUUGACCACACUGAGUUGUGCAAAAUUGCAAAAGGACGCAAAGGGUACUCAAAGCCUUAUGCCAAGUUUAUGACUUUCUUCAUCGCGUCUCCUUUUAGUAUGGCAGUCUUGACGCUCUUUGGAAUGGCCUUCACCAUGACCCUGUACUGCCAGAUUGAGAAGAGGGACGCCAACACUGCCUAAAGCAGCAACACGUGGUACCACUUGAUCUGGGGUUGUGGUCAAGGUGAAUUAGAAGUCAUCAAUUCAGGAAGUCAACUGAAAUUACAAUACAAUAAAUGAAGAAGAAAAAAAAACGAUCUAUUUUCAAUGAUUUCUCAAACUGAAAAGCAGAAGUUAUUUAUUCCAAGUUUUUUUUACAUUAGCAGUGUUAAAUACAAUUCACUUCCUCAAUUGACUGGCUUCAAUUCAAAUGGACCCCGAUCAUGACUUGAUCAAAAGCUGGCUUUGACAUGUCCCAUACAGCAUGCUUGGAACAUGUAUUUGAUACUCAACUUUGGGGUUCAAAUCUAGUCCAUUCAGGAAGUACACUGAAAUUCCAGUUCUCUUCAAUCAGGAACAUUUUGGAAUUAGGUUUGCUUUGUGAAUGGACUGGACCCCCAACCUGCUGAACUAUGGACCACAAUGCAUCAUGUGUUUCUCCAUCAUUUACCUGCAUCAAAUGAUGCUCUGAUUUAGAUUUCAGAUCUUUGUUAAAAUUAUGGCAGUUUCUUCACUUGUGAAGUUGGUUGAUCCAUAUGUCAUUGAACAUGAAUUAGUGUUUUUUUCUUUAAAGGAGCUCUGUCAUUGUACUGCUCUACGUCUCUCUCUGAAUGGAGGGCUUCGCUGUCCAUACACUGAACUGUGUAUUAUUCAUGCUGAAAUGUUGAACUUUUUCCCCCCGUUUUAUUGCUAUCAUCUCGUAGAUAUUAAAGUCUGACGGUAAAUAUUGAUCACGCUGUAUAUACAUUUAACCUGUUGUAUAUUUGAGUUGUAUAAUGAUUGCAGUACAUGUCAGAAUGUCUUCUGUUCAAGGCCUGUGACCAAUGUCUUUAUGGAUGUUCCCCUUUUUUGAGGCACAUCAGAAAUAAAGAAGUAGUAACUCAA